ACAGGCUUCCCAGUCAAACUCUCCCCCACACCCCCCACCUAAAAAAAAAAGUGAUUGAACUUUGACUUUUUGCCUUGGUUCUCUAUAAUCCCUGACCAGAUUUUGGAUAAUUAGCUUUUGUUAAUUGCAGUCCUGCUCCUCUGAUGAAAUGGUUGCUCCAUAGUGUAUUUGCAGAUAACAUGUUUGUAAGAAUGCUUUGUAUUUCUGUUCUUGUAUUACUUGUAUUUUCCACAAACGUAUCCGAAGCCCAAAACAAUACUCAGUGUUCUUCUUCUUGUGGUGAUAUUCAUAACAUCAACUUCCCUUUUCGAUUGAAAUCUGAUCCUGGGAAUUGUGGAGAUUCAAGAUUCCAGCUUGAUUGCAAGAACAAUCGUACUGUCAUUACUUUUAAUUCAAGAAAAUACAACGUGCUCGAAAUCAACUAUGAUGAGUUCUUGAUCAGAGCAAUUGACCCUGGUUUGGAGCACAAAAACAGUAACUGUACUUCUUCUCCCAAUUAUCUCACCACAAGUUAUCCUUACUCCUCAACUUUUGACUUUGGUAUUUCGAUUAUUCCCAUUAUCUAUGUCAAUUGUUCGGCCACUGUAAAUUCUUCGCGAUAUGUGGAGACUACUUUCUGUGGAUCACUGAACAAGAGUCAUAGCUAUGUUGCCAUAGGAGAGGGCAUGUUGAUUUCUGAUUUGGCUGAGAGUUGCAGAGUGGAAAUGGUGGGUUGGGGUUCGGCUCGUGGGCUUUCGGGGGAUAGUACUUCUCUUUCGAGCAUUGAAGGUGCCCUCAGUUAUGGAUUUGAGCUUUCUUGGAAGCGUACCUUCUUGUGCAGAGAAUGUGAAGCGAGUCAAGGCAACUGUUUUGCUGAAGGUGACGGCUUUACUUGCAGCCACCGCUGCUACGAUGACUCGGGGUUUGAUCUUCCCCUCCCUUGUAGCAUCCACUACUAUGGCGUUCUUACUAUAUUGUACGGUGGAAUAGUUAUAGUAUCAAUUCUAUCGUUACGACUUCUCUUUGGAUUGGUUUUCCUAACUGCAUUAAUAGUGUAUAAAUGGAGAAGACGACACUUAUCUAUGUAUCAAUCAAUUGAAGACUUCCUGCAAGUCCAGAGCAACCUCUUGCCGAUUAAAUACUCCUACUCUGAAAUUAGAAAGAUGACCAACAAAUUCAAGGAAAAACUAGGCGAAGGAGCCUAUGGAUCUGUCUUUAAAGGAAAGCUGCGUAGUGGUCCUUUUGUUGCAGUGAAGAUGAUGCACCAAUCUAUGGCGAGUGGGCAAGAAUUUAUCAGUGAAGUUUCCACAAUUGGAAGGAUUCACCAUGUUAACAUUGUGCAGCUCGUUGGAUUCUGCGUGGAGGGAUCAAAACGUGCUUUGGUUUAUGAGUUCAUGCUCAAUGGUUCCUUAGACAAGUACAUAUUUCAGCAAGAAGGAACUGUUUCCUUGACUUACAAGCAAAUGUUCGACAUAUCUCUUGGUGUGGCCUGUGGCAUAGACUACCUACAUCGGGGCUGCGACAUGCAGAUCUUACAUUUUGAUAUUAAGCCUCACAACAUUCUUCUUGAUGAAAAUUUCAAUCCCAAAAUUUCUGACUUUGGGCUUGCGAAACUGUACUCCUCAGAUGAUAGUAUUGUGAGUCUAACUGCAGCUAGAGGGACAAUGGGUUACAUGGCUCCAGAGCUGUUUUAUAAAAAUAUUGGAGGAGUGUCAUACAAAGCCGAUGUAUAUAGCUAUGGUAUGUUAUUGAUGGAAAUGGCAGGCAGAAGGAAGAACAUGAACCCAUUUGAGGACCACUUAAGCCAAAUCUACUUUCCUACAUGGAUUUACGACCAAUUUAAUGAAGGAAAUGAUAUAGAGAUACAGGAUGCAAGCGAGGAAGAUAGGAGACUUGUCAAGAAGAUGAUGAUUGUGGCUUUGUGGUGCAUACAAAUGAAGCCUGCUGAUCGCCCUGCCAUGAACAAAGUAGUUGAAAUGCUUGAAGGAAAUGUUGAACUCCUACAGAUGCCCCCAAGACCUUUUAUAGCUCCUCAUGAGAUUGCUGGAUAUAGUAUUGAGACAAUACAAAUUUCCAGUGACGUAUAGGUGGUUGGCUACUUACUGUGCUGUGCAAAACUACAGUCAAAAUUCACUUAAUUUAGUUCACGGCAUCCAGUAUCUAUCAGAAGAGCUCAAUCUCAUGCCAA